UUCCGUACGAUGUCGUGGCGUUUCCGAUCUUGUUGAAUUAGUGUUAGCUUGCCAGCUACCAACAAAAAUAGCUACUGCUGCUCGGAUAAAAUCUCUGACAUUAGCUAUCACCUUGAAGAUAGGACAUCUCUGAUAGAAUAAAUCAAAAUGAGACGCGCAGGUUUGGGCGAAGGAGGACCUGGAAAUUAUGUGGCCAGUGGUUACAGCGCGUAUGAAGAGGAAAAUGAACACUUACAAGAGGGUCUGAGAGCCAAAGUCAGCGCCUUGAAACAUCUGUCAAUAGAUAUUGGAACCGAAGUGAAGUACCAGAACAAAAUUUUGGAUGAUAUGGACUCAGACUUUGACUCAACAGGUGGUUUGCUGGGGGCCACCAUAGGGAGAGUGAAGCAGCUUUCCAGAGGAAGCCAGACCAAGCUCCUGUGCUACAUGCUGCUCUUCUGCCUCUUCGUCUUUACCCUCCUCUACUGGUUUAUCAAACUGAGGUGAUACAUUACAGGAGGCCCUGGCUUUUCCCUCCCUGCCUCCGCCAUAAGUCCGCCACUGGAUCAGAAGACCAGGAUGAUGAUGACGAUGAUAAUCAAAUGUUAAAAAUCAAAUUGUCACACGUGCCGAAUACAAGUGUAGACCUUACCGUCAAAUGCUUACUUAGGAGCCCUUAACCAACAGUGUGACAAUGACAAUAGGGGGUAAUAAUGCAUGGCUGUUCACUUUAGACAGCUCUGAUGGAAUUAAUAGACACCACCAUAAGUUCACGAUUGUAACAAUGUCCAUUAACGAUGAGGUAUAUUCUAGGUUCAUUUGUAACUGAGUGAUCUAGUUCAUCAGUGAUCUGGUAAGGCUAAGCAGUAACAUACAGUGCGUUCAGAAAGUAUUCAGACCCCUUGAAUUUUUCCACAUUUUGUUACAUUACACCAUUCUAAAAUUGAAAAGCAAUUUAAUCCAUCUAAACACUAUCCCAUAAUGACAAAGCAAAAACAGGUUUAGACAUUUUUGCAAA